AUGUCGGUCGAAGCUGAGGGCGCGGCGGGUGCGGAAACGAGGGUGCCCCGCGACUCGCUCUACGGGGACGCCGAGAAGGUCUCCGACGACAAGCACCACGGCUCCGGGGAUAGCUGGUGGCAGACGUUGCAGCUGGCGUUCCAGAGCAUCGGCGUGGUGUACGGCGACGUGGGGACGUCGCCGCUGUACGUGUACUCGAGCACCUUCCCGGACGGCAUCCGGCACCCGGACGACCUCCUCGGCGUCCUCUCGCUCAUCCUCUACACCCUCGUCCUCCUGCCCAUGCUCAAGUACGUCUUCAUCGUCCUCUACGCCAACGACAACGGAGACGGAGGAACGUUCGCCCUCUACUCGCUGAUCUCCCGGUACGCCAAGAUACGCAUGAUCCCGAACCAGCAGGCAGAGGACGCGUCCGUGUCCAACUACAGCAUCGAGGAGCCCAACUCGCAGAUGCGGAGGGCGCAAUGGGUGAAGCAGAGGCUCGAGUCCAGCAAGGCCGCCAAGAUCGCGCUCUUCACCAUCACCAUCCUCGGCACCUCCAUGGUCAUGGGCGACGGCACCCUCACGCCUGCAAUCUCUGUGCUCUCUGCGGUGAGCGGGAUCAGGGAGAAGGCGCCCAACUUGACCCAAUCAGAGGUGGUGUGGAUCUCGGUGGCCAUCUUGUUCCUGCUCUUCUCGGUGCAGCGCUUCGGGACGGACAAGGUCGGCUACUCCUUCGCGCCCAUCAUCUCGGUGUGGUUCAUCUUCAUCGCCGGCAUCGGGGUGUACAACCUCGCCGCCCACGACGUGACCGUCCUCAGGGCCUUCAACCCCAAGUACAUAGUAGACUACUUCGGGAGGAACGGCAAGGAGGCGUGGGUCUCGCUUGGGGGCGUCGUCCUCUGCAUCACAGGCACGGAGGCCAUGUUUGCUGACCUUGGCCAUUUCAACAUAAGGGCCAUUCAGCUGAGCUUCACCUUCAUCCUCUUCCCCUCCGUCGCGUUGUGCUACAUGGGUCAGGCAUCUUACCUGCGCAAAUUCCCGCAAGAUGUCGGCGACACCUUCUACAAAUCUAUCCCAGCGGCGAUGUUUUGGCCGACGUUCAUCGUGGCAAUCAUGGCGGCCAUCAUCGCCAGCCAGGCCAUGCUGUCCGGCGCGUUUGCCAUCCUGUCCAAGGCACUCUCGCUGGGCUGCUUCCCGCGGGUGAGGGUGGUGCACACCUCCAAGAAGUACUCGGGGCAGGUGUACAUCCCGGAGGUGAACUUCCUCAUCGGCGCCGCCAGCAUCGUCGUCACCCUCGCCUUCCAGACCACCACCAACAUCGGCAACGCCUACGGGAUAUGCGUCGUGACCGUCUUCUCCAUCACGACGCACCUCAUGACGGUGGUGAUGCUGCUCAUCUGGAAGAAGAACAUCGCCUUCGUCGUGGCCUUCUACGUCAUCUUCGGGCUCGCCGAGUUCCUUUACCUAUCGUCCAUCCUCUCCAAGUUCGUCGAGGGAGGGUACCUUCCGUUCUGCUUCUCCCUGGUGCUCAUGGCCCUCAUGGCCACCUGGCACUACGUGUACGUCAAGCGCUACUGGUACGAGCUCGACCGCGUGGUGCCGGCGGCCGAGCUCACGGCGCUCCUGGCCCGCCGCAACGUGCGGAGGGUGCCUGGCGUGGGCCUGCUCUACUCGGAGCUCGUCCAGGGCAUCCCUCCCGUGUUCCCAUGCCUGGUUGACAAGAUCCCAUCGGUGCACGAGGUCUUCGUCUUCAUGUCCAUCAAGAACCUCCCCAUCCCGCGGGUGGCGCCGCCCGAGCGCUUCAUCUUCCGCAGGGUCGGCCCUGCCGAGCACCGCAUGUUCCGAUGCGUGGCACGGUACGGCUACACCGACCAGAUCGAGGGCACCAAGGAGUUCUCGGCGUUCCUCAUCGAGGGCCUCAAGCUGUUCGUCCACGAUGAGGCGGCCUUCUCCUGCCAGCACACCGACGACGACAACAACAACAACAACAAUAACAACAACAACGACAACGAUGCUCGGCGGGUAGCGCAGGUGGCGGUUGCGGAGGAGGAGAAGAGGUUCAUUGAUGCAGAGGUGGAGCGUGGGGUGGUGUAUCUGAUGGGCGAGGCGGAGGUGGCGGCGGCGCCGGGGUCGUCGGCGUUGAAGAGGGUUGUGGUCAACUACGUGUACACCUUCUUGAGGAAGAACCUCAGCGAGAGCCACAAAGCACUCUCCAUUCCCAAGGACCAGCUGCUCAAGGUCGGGAUCACCUAUGAGAUAUAG